CGCAUGCUGACGCAAUAUGGCCCCAUGUUCCCAAAGCAGCGCGGAAGUAUCGACUCACCUACUCAAAGCAGCCCCAACUGCCUGGCUAGAAGGCUGCUUCCCUGACAUUCAUCUACAAGCGAGACAGGCGAUAGAAGCCUCCGGGCCAGCAGAAACAGGGAAGACGUGUUUGGAUUAGCUGAUUUCCCCCAUGUUAGACGACCCAAUGAGCUUUGUCGAACAUUCCCUCUGCGUACCAUCGCCUACAUACACACAAAGUCUCAACUUACGGGUUCCACACACAAGUCCAACAUGUCCACCUUGAAGCAGAAAAUCGGACCAAUUGCAGGCGCCCCUCCUUCGGAAACUAUACUGCCGGAAUACGUCUACUUCAAGAACCCAGAUGGCAAGUAUCUCAAGCACUUGCCCAACAACAUCGGAUGGUACGGCCUCAAGUGGGAGCCCACUAAGCCCGAUCUCGAUACCCGUUUCAAGAUUGUUCAAAUCCCUGACCAUCCUGGAAAGUUCUAUGUCACGGGUCCUGCUGAGGAUUACUACACCACCGUCUAUAACCACAAAAAUUCUGGGAGCACUAAACUAUACGACACAGACCAAUCCAAGCUCCCAUCAAACGCCCCGUCCCCUUACCCCGACGCCCUCUGGCGCAUCGUCUCUCUCGGAGGUGAUGACAUCUACCUGAUCCGUAACGCGACGUACGACCGCCCCACUGUCUUCUUGAGCAACAACGAUAAUCAGCGCUACAAGCUCUGGGACCACAACAACGACUCCUGGCUCGAUGUCGUCCGCACGACGACCUACGCCAACGAUUCGAACAAGAUCAAGGUCGAGCGCGCAGCACUCAAGACGGAGGUAUAUGAUGUCAAGUAUAAUGUUGAGGAUGCGGAUCUCGUCGAGCUCCAACCUACGAUUGCGAUCGAGAAGGUGUUGGAGAACAAUACGGGCUCUGAGGGCUCCCAGAGUGUUGCGUACACUUAUACGAAGAGCGACGAGGGAACCUGGAACAACGUUGCCGGAAUUGAGUUGGGACAAUCGUUCGAAUUUGACGCCAAAGUGCCUUUCGUCGCUAAGGGGAAGUUGGAGAUAUCCUUCACCGAGUCCUACCAACACGAGUGGGGUGGAUCGACCAUCAAAUCCACCUCGGUCACCACCACGACUAACAUCACCGUCCCUGCGCACACCAAAGUCAAGCUGACCGUGCUGAUCUACAAGACGCAGCUCAACAUCCCGUUCACCUACACGGAGAGGGUUACUCUGUACGACGGAAGUGUUAUCACGACCAAGAACAAGGAGGGUAUUUACUAUAACGUCCAGUUCAUCAAAGACCAUGCUAUCACUGACAUCAUUGGGAAGUGAAUGCCUCAGUGAUUUGUAGGCGCGUUGAGACCUCCUUGAGAAGGCGUUGCAAAAGUUUCUUGGCGACGAGAAGGAAGUGUCGAAGGCUUCGAGGUGCAGGUGUUGUAGUGUUGAUUUCCUUGUAGCCUUUGUUGCCUGAAUCAUGGUACUGCC